AUGGCGUGCGGCGGCGGGACCGGCGAGGAGUGGCCUUCGCUGCCCGCCGACCUCCUGCUCACCGUCUUCGCGCUGCUCCCCUCCGACGCCGACCGCGUCCGCUUCCGCGCCGUCUGCGCGCGAUGGGCCGCCGCCGCGGCCACCUGGCGCCCGCGGCCGUGGCUCGUGGGCUCCCGCACCGACCGCUCCGGCCAGGGCGCCGCCAUGUCCUCCUUCUGGCUCUCCCAGGCCGGCGGCCUCGUCCCGUUCGCCGCCGCCGCCGUGCCGCCCGGCCUCGAGUACCUCUCCUCCUCCCACGGCUACCUCGCGCUCUCCGACCCCGCCGCCGCGCCCAAGGCCGUCACGCUCCUCAACCCCGCCACCGGCCGCCGCGUCCCGCUCCCGCCCAUCGCCUUCUUCAAGCGCUGGCACGACGUCGCCACCCUCGUGCUCUCCGCCGACCCCGCCGCGGGCGCCGCCUGGGCCGCGCUCGCCGCCGGCUUCCCCACCAACUGCCUCGCCUACUACAGCUCCGCCGCCCCCGGGGCCUGGACGCCCCUCCGCUUCAGCGCCGCCGGGUACGCCGGCGUCGAGCACCACGCGGGCCGCUUCUACGUCGCCUUCAGGAACCGGAUCUGCGUCCUCCACGACCCCGGCUGCGGCGCGCCCCCCGCCGUGAUCCCCCUCGAGCACGCCGACCCCGGCGCCGUCGGCAGAUCUGACGACGAGGAUGGCCCGGGAGACGGGAGGCGCGUCGCCGUCGACACGCACCUGGUGGAGUGCGGCGGCGACCUGCUGCACGUGUCGGUGCGGGACGAGGCGGGGUACAGCUCCGACGACGACGUGGCCGUCGACGGCGACGGGAGCAGCACCGACAGCAGUGGCGGUAAGCGCGUGGUCGAGCUGCACAGGGUGGAGCUGGUCGGGGACGCCGCGGUGCGGCUGGUGCGGGUGGAGGACCUCGGCCGGCACGCGCUGUUCCUGGGCCGGAACCGCGCGUUCGCGCUCUCCAAGGCGGAGUUCCCGGCGUGCCGCGUCAACUGCGUCUACCUCCUGGACAGGCAGGGCCACCCCGACGGGGUCGUCAGGGUCCUGGGCAUGGACAGCCAGUGGGCGCGCCGCGAGGAGACCAUCUACCCCGACGACGGCCGCCGAGGGUCCCCGUCGGCAGGAUGGGCGCGCCGUGGUUGGUUCCUCCCAAGCUAUUAGGGGCUCGUUUCAGCAUUUUUAUGGUAGGAUUCAAAAUCUCGAAAUGUUUCCCUUGUUUUUUCGGUGAGGAUUAUGCUCCUUAAGCAUAUCGUUAUCACAUGGAUCUAUUGACUAAAUCGUUAAAAAAACAAAUGGAGUAUAAUAAUGUUCUUUUGAUGAA